AUUUAUAUCUUGACAUCAUCGUUGCUAAUUUUUGCACUUUUUCUAAGAACAUCAUUGUUGGGAAUGUACUUCAAAUUAAAACUUACCAACUUAGCAACGAUAUUAGUCAUAGUUACAUUUUUUUGUCUGGCAUACCUCAUUUGGACAACAGAAGAGCAUUUUCCUGAAGUAGUUAUUGAACUCCAUGAUUUACUAAGUUAUAUUCUCCUGGCUACAGAAUUAGGCGGUCGUGCUAUAUUGGAUGUCAGCCAACUGAGUAACCUGGAAACAUUCACAAAAAAGGGAUUUAUUGCUGACAAAACAGAAAUCUUGACUAGGGCGGAUUUGUUAUCGAAUCAGUUAAUAUUCGACGUUCUGCAACGAUAUCCUGGUUUAAGGGUUAUUUCUGAAGAGAGAAAAGAAAAACUAAACCUAGUGGAUCACGAAAGAUAUUUGCAAGAUGAAAAAUUUUAUGUAUUUAUUAAGAACAUUGUUGACUUAUUUCCAUCGAGAAGAUAUCCCUUAUCUAAACUUGCAGUCUGGGUUGAUCCAUUAGAUGCCACUCAGGAAUUCACAGGCUAUUCAUGCAGUAUUCGCAAAACGAUUCAAGGUCUAUUUCAAUACGUUUCGGUGAUGCUUUGCAUUACAGUAGAUAAUGAACCUAUUUUUGGUUCUAUUCUAAGACCUUUCUCUGGCGAAAGAGUUUAUGGUUUGAGUGAUUUCGGAAUCAUAAGAGGAAAUGGUGAAAAAUGGAGUCGAAAUAUUCUACUAAAUAAUUCAAAAAUAGUUUUGGUUUCCAGAUCUCAUUCUGGAGAUAUAAAAAGAUUGUUGAAUGCAUCAUCAUUAAGAAAUCUAAUGGUUGAAUUUGCUGGAGGUUCUGGAUACAAAACAUUAAGAUUACUGAAUGGCAGUGCUGAACUAUAUAUGCACAAAACGAAUAUUAAGAAGUGGGAUACAUGUGCUGAUGAUGCUUUGCUUAGGUCUGUUGGUGGUUUGAUGUUGGAUUUUAAGGGUAAUUUGCUAAAUUAUGAUCCAGAUGGCAACUACAUUCUCCGUGAUGGUUUUAUAGCUGCUGUCCAAUAUCCUUUCACAUAUUUUCAGCGACUGAAAGAUGCUUUGAGUGAUGAAAUUUUAUCUGAUCCAUAUUUUUUCAGUUUAAACAAUAUGAAUAACGUUACAGCGAAGCUGAAUGAAAUUGCCUUGCAUAAAUUUCAAUUAGCUUCGGAAUUUCUUACACUGUAUGGACAACUGCAAACAAUCUUCGACAGCUACCGCUACAAUUUGUCCAAGACGAAGACAGUAUUGGGGUACUCUGCAACCAGUGCAGCAGUUAUUGACAAUCGCGAUUUAGAACCAGUCAUUCGCGUUGCAGUAAGUGCAGAUGGGACGUUCUCACUUUCUGCUGAUGGAAUAGAGCCUCAGGUGUUAGAGAAACAUCCACCGCUCACCUGCCAGUUCCGUCCGUUUGGCAUUCUGGAACCGCGAUGCGCAAGAGAAGCCCGUCGAGACGUAGCUAAAACGCUACCAGUAAUAUGCGAGAUUGCUAGCAUCAAGUACAAGUUGCAACAGUUACAUAAAGAAAGUGAACAGCUCACUUCACAUGACUACUCAGAACUGGGUUAA